CACAGUCGUAUUCUGCAGAGAGCAGUGGAAAUAGCGGCGUCUGGAAUAUAAGGGAGAGUUACCAAGCCGUCAUGGAAGUCGCCUCAACCUCUCACUGCUUAGAGAGGGUCGGCCACAACUAGAAUAGAAGUGUGUGUCUCAGAUAGACGUGUUUGUUGCCUGAUCUACAGACGACUUGAGGAUGCGGGGACGCACCGUGCUGGUGGCGGCGGUGCUGGUGGUGGUGCUGUGGGCCGUAGUGAGCGCUGGACCUGCACCGCUCGAGGAGGACCUGCUGGAGGAAGAGGAGGAGGAAGCCGAAGAGACACUGACUAGGGUGGAGCGCCAGGCACAAGGAGGGCCUCAGGGUGCUUUCAACCCGCUCAGCUUUUUCACUGGAGGCGCCGGUGUCCCUCAGUUUGGGCUGCAAUUCCAGUCUAGCCAACAGCCUCAAUUUGGCCAGCAAUCUCAGUUUGGCCAGCAAUCUCAGUUUGGCCAACAGCCCCUAUUCGGCCAACAGCCCCAGUUUGGUCAACAGCCACAGUUUGGCCAACAGCCCCAAUUUGGCCAACAGUCUCAGUUUAGCCAGCAGCCACAGUUUGGCCAACAGCCCCAGUUUAGCCAGCAGCCCCAGUUUGGCCAACAGCCCCAGUUUGGCCAACAGCCCCAGUUUGGCCAACAGCCCCAGUUUGGCCAACAGCCCCAGUUCGGUCAACAGCCCCAGUCUGGCAAGUUUGACUUCUUCCCGCCAGCUGUGUUCGGGCCAGUCAACCCGCCCCAGACCUUCGAUCUAAGUGGUCGCGGGAAUCGUGGCGGCGGAGGGCGGAACAUCAACUGCAACCGACGAAAGAACAGAGACAAAGAGGAAUGCCAGGGUAACAACAACCGACCAAACCGACCAAACAGAGGCGACAGAAACGAUAGGCCCAACAGGCCCGGUCGCAGGCCCAACAGGCCGGGCCGCAAACCCAACAAAGGCAAGACUGGUAUCAACUGCAAUCGGAGGCAAAACAGAGACUUGCCGGAGUGCCAAGCUGACGGUCCACCAAGCCAAGAUGUGGAGGUGCUCGCCGGUAGCGUGCCGUGGCUGACGGACGUGGCAGCAGGCGGCAACGUAGUAGAGCUGCAAGGACUUCCUAACACCCCACGCAUGCAGUCCAGGCGAUACCAGCUUGCCGUUAACCAGCCUGACCUGCCAUUCCAAAGCUGCCGGACGCCCCGCCGUGAGAAAGGAUUUUGUCGAUAUCUGCAACAUUGCAUCCUGCCGGAAUUCGUCUCUGGUUUCACAGCUUACCUUCCCUACGCUUGUCUCAUCGAUAGCAAGUACCUAGGUGCCUGCUGUCCCACAAGUUUCAACAGCAACAAUCUGCAACCAAGCACUCCUAACCCAGUGACGCCAGCUCCCACCCCUCGCCCCACCACGCCUCCUAGUGAAGCCAGAGGCUGUGGACUUAUCGCUAAGCCACCACCUACCAGGAUUGUCGGAGGAAAGCCGGCUGACCCCAAGGAGUGGCCCUGGAUCGCUGCCUUGUUGCGGAACGGAGCUACUCAGUUCUGUGGCGGAACACUCAUCACCAACCAGCACGUGCUCACUGCCGCCCAUUGCAUUGUUGACUUCACCAAGGAAUCCAUCACAGUGCGACUGGGCGAGUACACCUUUGAUGAGACUGGAGAGUCGCCACACGUUGACUUCAAGAUCAAGACAAUGAAGCCCCACGAGCACUACGAUACCAACACCUACGUGAAUGACAUCGCUCUCAUCACAUUGGACCGCACCACUGACUUCAAUGAUGCCAUCUGGCCUGUGUGUCUCCCGCAGAGCGACGAAAGUUACGUGGGCCGCGACGCCACGGUGGUCGGCUGGGGCACCAUCUACUUCGGGGGCCCCGUGGCCUCCACGCUGCAGGAGGUCACCAUCCCUGUCUGGACUAACGAAGAAUGCAACGCAGCCUACGAGCAAGACAUCAUUGAUAAGCAGAUCUGUGCUGGAGCCAGGGAGGGCGGCAAGGACUCCUGUCAGGGCGACAGCGGAGGUCCUCUCCUGCUGCAGCAAGGCGGAGCCAACAGAUGGGCUAUUGCGGGCGUGGUGUCAUGGGGUAUCCGGUGUGCCGAGCCAGGAAACCCCGGCGUGUACACUCGCGUCAGCAGAUACAGUCAAUGGAUCAGAAAUAAUGCUGUGUAAUAUGUCCCAGGAAGGUUCGCAGGUACGGCGUCUCUCCUCCAAGAGGAGCAACCCACGCCCUAUGCAGUGCUGAUUCUCGACCAGACCUCCAGUGAGAGAGAGUGACUUGUAGAAGCAAGAGUCGCGGACCAGCUGUGGCACUAGAAUAAGAGGUUUUACUUCGUAGGCUUCAUUACUGAUUCAGGAACAGGGAACGUGCGCACAGCACACCACUAAAUACAGGAUAUGUAACCUUGAAUGAGGGCAGAAGGCAAAGCAGAAUUCGAGGGGUAUUUAUUUGGCGUUUACUGGUUUACCAACAUGUUUUGUUUUUCUUGUCAUCUUUUUUUCUUUUUAUGUAUAAAUGUUGAUGUUUUACGUUUUUAGCAGCAAACAUUUUUAAAGAAAAACUGGUUGUUACACUACACAUUAUACAUGAAGAAUGUUAAAUAAAUGAGAAUCCUUA